GUUCAAUAGAGGAAUUAACCGCGAAAGAGGAUGAUUUACGAGAAAACUUUGGAUUUAUAAAGUUCUGUUUUGAGGGGGCGACGUAGAAUAUUUAUAGCUUAAUACAUUGGAAAUCUCAAGAAAUUAAAAAAUAAAAAAGUAAAUAAAAUAGCUUCGCUGAAUUAAAUACUGGUAGACGCUUCAGUAUUUCUUAAUUGAACAUUUCUGGUGAAAUGUUUGCUUAACAGGGAACAGAUAACGAAGCAUAAUACAUUUUAUAAGAUCAUUAUUAAUAAAAAGGUGGUCAUUCUAUAGUACCAAAAUGACUUACGUGUUGUCAUGCUUGGUAUACAUUUGGUUGAUUGCGCUACCUGUAAAGGAAAGCGCGUUGACGGAAGACAUUAACGUGCUGGUUAUUUUGCCGAAAAACAACUCUUACCAUUUUUCCAUUUCAAUGGUUGCGCCAGCCAUAGAUUAUGCUAAGCAAAAGAUGAAAUCCGUUAAAGGACUCUAUUCAGGACUCAAUUUCAAUGUCAAUUAUGAAAACUCUAAUUGUGGCGACGAAGCACUCUUUCGUCUAGUGGACAGGUCUUGUCAAAAGAAGCCAGACUUGAUUCUUGGACCCGUCUGUGAGUACGCGGCUGCGCCUGUUGCAAGGAUCGCAUCACACUGGAACAUCCCAGUCAUUUCGGCAGGUGCUUUGGCGUCCGGCUUCAGUUAUAAGAAGGAAUACUCGCACUUGACCAGAGUUGCCCCUUCUUACUUGAAAAUGGCGGAGACAUUCUCCGCAAUGUUCCAUCGCUUCAGUUGGAAGAAUGCGUUUUUAAUAUAUGAAGAUGACAUGGAUCAGCGGAACUGUUACUUCACAAUCGAAGGAGUUCACAAUAUUCUCAAAUCCGUGAAUGUCCACAUAGAUGCUUUAAAUAUUCACUCUAAAGAUAACAGGGUGGAUUCCGACGAAAUCAUCAAACUUAUCUACGAAAGUGAAGUUAUUAUAAUGUGUGCGGGGGCUGACAUCAUCCGUGACAUCAUGCUGGCUGCUCACCGCCGGAGACUGACCAAUGGAAGCUACAUCUUCUUCAACAUCGAGCUCUUCAACUCCUCAUCCUACGGGAACGGAUCGUGGAAGAGGGGAGACAAAUAUGACAUGGACGCCAAGCAGGCAUAUGCCACACUCAACACAAUGACACUUAUGAGGACCGUCAAGCCAGAGUUUGAGAACUUCUCAAUGGAAGUCAAGAAGUCCCUCCAAAAAGCAGGAGUCCAACACUGUGACAGUGACAAUGUCAAUAUUUUUGUAGAGGGGUUCCAUGACGCUUUGCUCCUGUAUGCUCUGGCCAUUGUGGAAGUCAUGCAGAAUGGCUCCAACAAGACUGAUGGAGCACAAAUCACACAAUGCAUGUGGAACAGAACUUUUGAAGGCAUUGCAGGCCCAGUGUCCAUAGAUGCCAAUGGUGAUAGAUUUGGGGAUUUUUCUGUCAUGGCCAUGGUCGACCAUGAGGCAGGCACCUACGAGGAUGUCAUUAACUACUUCGGCAUUAAUGGAAGUUUUCAGAUGCUGCCAAGAUUCAACAAUGACCGGUUCACUUUGAGAGAGAGACACCUAACCCCAAUGCCAGACUACUCCAACAAAUCAUGUGGACUAGGGGUGUCUGCUGUCACUGGUAUCAUAUUUGGAGCACUCCUGGGGGCCGCAUUACUUAUAGCAUUCUAUUUUUUCAGGAAGAACUACAGGAUAACGAUUGAGAGACGGACUUCACGUGACAUUGGGAAGCACCGACAGCUGAGGGAGGACUCCAUCCAAUCAAGCUUUUCCACAGCAUAGUGUGCAUAAAAUGGCCGUCUGUGUUUCUGCUCCCUUGGAAAUGUGUCACGGGCUUGUGACCAAAGCAUGUUGACUGAUUCCAAUCAUUUUAAAUGUAAUUCAGAAAAUAUUUUUCCCCUUUCUUAAACUCAGGAAAGUCAUCAAUCUCGUGCAAAAUGCAGGGUAUUUCCCCCCCUUCACGUGAAUGGAGGCUGCUUCCUUAUUUGUAGUGAUGGGAGAGGGAACCUUUGAGGCCUCCAUGAUGUAUGUUAUGUGCCAUCAGCUAAAGAUCUCUGUACUUAAGAUUUGUGGGAUGGUGGUAUGCCAGGUCCAUCCAUUCUACAAAGCUUAUGUUAUUUGUGUUACGGUGCUGCUUGGCACAUACGGAACAGUAACAUAUCCAGGAUGGCUGCAGUGUCUGAUGGUUUUUGGUGCAUUUUAAGAUUGAAAUGCUUCAUUAAGUCACUGCUUGGCUAAAGAGCCCACUCACCUUGUUCCUGAUGGUUCAUUUGGCUGCUGACUGGAAGGAAAUCCCAAAAACGUGUAAAUCCUUCUCAUUUUAUUUUCUGAUCCCAGCUUUAUUUGAUAAGAAAAUAUAGGAAAUCAUGUUCAAAUAUUUUCAAAAGGAUGUACCCAUGCUACUUUGCAUUGAUAAUCGCCAAUAAUUGUGCAAUCCCUUGAAAGGAUGGGCAAACCAAUACCAUCUCACACUGUACAUAAGGACAUUUAACACUUACAUUGAUUAGCGUGUUUGAUUUAAUGAUACAUUUUUAUAUAAACUUAAUAAACUUCUUGUGAAGCUGUGUUAUUCCACUGCAUGUUUCGGGUGCUUUGCCCAGUGAUCACCUUUGGAGAAGAACAGUCAUCAGCUUCCGAAUGCACUCGGACGGGUUUCUGUUUAAAUAUACAUUUUGAUAAAGGCAACACACUGUUAUGUUUAAAACUACUUCACUUUUGAACAUUUUUCGAAGCUAUUGUGUCUGUCCAGAGGCAGAUCAUGAAAUGAAAAUGUAUACUUUAUCUAUAAUAUAAUUUUGCGUAUAUAGUAUAAUAGUAUUUAUUUGCAUAUACCCGCUUCAUUUUACAAGCAUGCAGUCUUAAUUACUGGCUUGAACUGUGUAUGUUUUCUUUCUUGAAAUUGUCCCUAAAUUUUUUCAAGGGAUGAUAGGCUGUUCAGUUUUCUUAAGCAUCGAUUAAAUUCUGUAGUUUUGGUUUUCACAUAAUGUGGAGGCCUGUACGUCUAUAAUUGGGUAAUAAUUGGCCCUUAAACAGCAUUUUAUGAGGCAAAAAUGCAAUAGAAAUAUUAUGGUAAUUUUAUCAGACUUUCAGUGUUUUAGGUGUAGUUAAAAUGUUAAUACCAUUUUGCUUAUGAAUUUGUAAAAACGUGAAUUGAUAGAUAUUUUCAAGGAGUUUCAGUGGAGUUGAAUUAAUCAUAACUCUUUUACUUGAAAACCUUUGAGCUGAGCCAAAAGCCUAUUUUAUACAUAGCCAUGAAUUUAUACACAAUGAUCGCUUUAUUAGGUAGACCUGCGCACCAGCUUGUUCAUGCAAAUAUUUAAUCAGCCAAUCAUGUGCCAUCAACUAAAUGGUCAAUAAGCUGGUUUGCAGACAAGUGUCAGAAUGGGGGGAAAAUGUGAGUUUCUCUAGAGUUUGCUGAGAAUGGUGCGAAAAAUGAAAAAAAAUCCAGUAGGCAUCAGUUCUGUGGGCAAAAACACAUUGCUAACGAGACAGGUCAGAGGAGAAGGGUCAGAUUGGUCAAAGCUGACAGGAAGGUGACAGUAACGCAAAUAACCACACAUUACAACAGUGGUAUGCAGAAGUGCAUUUCUGAACACAAUGCAUCAAACCUCUAAGUAGAUAGGUUACAGUAGCAAAAGACCAUUAAGUCUAAAAAAUAAGUCUAAUAGAUACCUAAAAAAGUGUUCACUGAGUGUAGUUUCAUGGCUAAGUGUGUCCAUUAAAUCAUGCUUUGUUGUACCUUCUUUGUGUGAUUGUAUUAAGUAUAUACAAAGUCAAUAAUACUAUGCCACUGGCAUGAACUUCAGUGUUUUGUUGUUUUGUUUAAGUAUUGUUUAUUUGUUACAAACACCCUGGAGCUUUUGUUUGCUCCAUAAAUAAUUAAGUAACCAG